GGCGCGGGGAGGGACGCCGUGUGCCAAGUGCUGCUCCCUGGCGCUCGGAGGCGGCGGCUCGGGCGCGGAGGCUCAUUCAUUCCGCGGGGAACAUGCGAGAUCAUGGCCGCCUUCGGGCUCCUGAGCUAUGAGCGGCGACCGCUGAAGCGCCCGCGCCUCGGGCCGCCCGACGUCUACCCGCAGGACCCCAAGCAGAAGGAGGAUGAACUGACGGCUGUGAACGUGAAGCAGGGUUUCAACAACCAGCCUGCCUUCACGGGAGACGAGCACGGCUCGGCCAGGAACAUCGUCAUCAACCCAUCCAAGAUUGGAGCUUAUUUUAGCAGCAUUUUAGCCGAGAAACUAAAGCUGAACACUUUCCAGGACACCGGAAGGAAGAAACCCCAAGUUAAUGCGAAAGACAAUUACUGGCUGGUCACUGCCCGCUCUCAGAGUGCCAUCCAUAGCUGGUUCUCUGACUUAGCAGGAAACAAGCCGCUCGUGAUUCUGGCAAAAAAGGUUCCCAUCCUGAGCAAAAAGGAAGAUGUGUUCGUGUACUUGGCCAGGUACUCGGUGCCCGUGGUGCGGGCCACGUGGCUGAUCAAGAUGACCUGCGCCUACUACUCAGCCGUCUCCGAGGCCAAGCUCAAGAAGCGGCAGGCCAUCGACCCCAACCUGGAGUGGACCCAGAUCUCGACCAGGUACCUCCGGGAGCAGCUGGCCAAGAUCUCCGACUUCUUCCACCGGGCGUCGAGCGCGGGCGAGAGCCCCGGGCCGGUGCCGCUGGACGUAGAGCAGGCGCUGACGCAGUGGGAGUACAGCGAGAAGCUGGUCUUCCACAUGUUCCAGGAGGGGCUUUUGGAGAAGCACGAGUACCUCACGUGGAUUCUGGACAUGCUGGAGAAGACCAGGCCGACGGACGAGGAUCUCCUCAAGCUCCUGCUGCCCCUGAUGCUGCAGUACUCGGAUGAGUUCGUGCAGUCGGCCUACCUGUCCCGCCGGCUGGCCUACUUCUGCACCCGGCGCCUGGCCCUCCUGCUCGGCGACAGCCCUGGCCUCCUGUCGGCCCCCGCGCCCCAUGUGCUCCUCGGGGCCCCCAGCACCAGCCUGGGUGCCCCCAGCCCUGGCGGCCCCGGGCCCUGCGUGAGCCCCGCCCAGCUGGCCUUCUCGGACUUCCUGGCCUGCGCGCAGCACGGGCCCCUGGUGCACGGGCUCAGCUGCGUGCUGCAGACGGUCACCCUCUGCUGCCCAAGUGCCUUGGUGUGGAACUACUCCACGAGUGACAGCAAGAGCGCCAGCCCCGGAUCCCCGCUGGACCUGCUGCAGGUGGCCCCGUCCAGCCUGCCCAUGCCUGGCGGGAACUCGCCCUUCAACCAGCAGGUCCGGGCCAGGAUCUAUGAGGUGGAGCAGCAGAUCAAGCAGAGAGGCCGCGCCGUGGAGGUCCGGUGGUCUUUCGACAAGUGCCAGGAGUCGACAGCAGGGGUGACCAUCAGUCGAGUCUUGCACACUUUGGAUGUCCUGGACCGGCACUGUUUUGACCGAACGGACUCCAGCAACUCCAUGGAGACACUUUAUCAUAAGAUUUUCUGGGCAAACCAAAACAAAGAUAACCAGGAGGUGGCCCCCAACGACGAGGCGGUGGUGACGCUGCUGUGCGAGUGGGCCGUGAGCUGCAAGCGCUCGGGCAAGCACCGGGCCAUGGCGGUGGCCAGGCUGCUGGAGAAGCGGCAGGCGGAGAUCGAGGCCGAGAGAUGCGGUGAGUCCGAGGUCUUAGACGAGAAGGAGUCCAUCUCUUCAGCCUCGCUCACUGGAUCGAGUCUGCCCGUUUUCCAGAAUGUUCUACUGAGGUUUCUAGAUACGCAGGCCCCCUCACUGUCGGACCCCGACAGCGAGUGUGAGAAGGUGGAGUUUGUGAACCUGGUGCUGCUCUUCUGUGAGUUCAUCCGCCACGACGUCUUCUCACACGACGCCUACAUGUGCACCCUCAUCUCCCGGGGGGACCUGUCCGUCACUGCCUCCACGCGGCCCAGGUCACCGGCCGGAGACCACGCGGACGAGCAUUACCCUAAGGACCAUGAGGUGAAAAUGGAGGAGCCGGCCAUCAUGGCGCACAUGGGCCUGGACUCGGGCGCCGCCAGCGUCUUUGAGGAAGUGGACAAGGGCGACUUCAAAGCGGACUUUGGCUCGGAGUUUCCAAUGUUCUCUCCCAUGGCCGGAGAGCCCUGUGAGACGGUCAGCCCUGCCCUGGGCCGGCGGGUGUCGGUGAACGGGGAGAAGCUGCUGAAGCGGGAGAAGCCGCGGGAGCUGAUCUUCCCGUCCAACUACGACCUCCUGCGGCACCUGCAGUAUGCCACGCACUUCCCCAUCCCGCUGGACGAAUCUUCGAGCCACGAGUGCAACCAGCGCACCAUCCUCCUGUACGGCGUGGGCAAGGAGCGAGAGCAGGCGCGGCAGCAGCUGAAGAAGAUCACCAAAGAUAUCCUGAAGAUCCUGAACAAGAAGAGCAGCCCUGAGGCGGGGGGAGACGAGGGCCAGAGGUCCAGGAGGAGCAAGCAGGAGGUGUUCCCCUCCCUGGAGGCAGUGUUCACCAAGCUGCAGCUCCUGUCCUACUUCGAUCAGCACCAGGUCACCUCCCAGAUAUCGAACAACGUGUUGGAGCAGAUCACAAGCUUUGCGUCGGGCACGUCCUACCACCUGCCCCUGGCCCACCACGUCCAGCUCAUCUUCGACCUCAUGGAGCCGGCGCUGAACAUCGGUGGCCUCAUCGACUUUGCCAUCCAGCUGCUCAACGAGCUGAGCGUGGUGGAAGCGGAACUACUCCUCAAGUCCUCCAGCCUGGCCGGCAGCUACACCACGGGGCUGUGCGUCUGCAUCGUGGCCGUGCUCCGGCGCUACCACAGCUGUCUGAUCCUGAAUCCCGAGCAGACGGCCCAGGUGUUUGAAGGGCUGUGUGGUGUGGUGAAGCACGUCGUGAACCCCUCAGAAUGCUCUUCCCCCGAAAGAUGCAUCUUAGCCUACCUCUAUGACCUGUACGUGUCCUGUAGCCACCUCAGAAGUAAAUUUGGAGACCUCUUCAGUAGUGCCUGUUCCAAAGUAAAGCAGACCAUAUAUAACAAUGUGAUGCCUGCGAAUUCUAAUUUGCGAUGGGAUCCAGACUUCAUGAUGGAUUUUAUUGAGAACCCGUCGGCCCGGAGCAUCAACUACUCAGUCCUGGGCAAGAUCCUUAGUGACAAUGCAGCCAACCGCUACAGCUUCGUCUGCAACACGCUCAUGAAUGUAUGUAUGGGCCAUCAGGACGCCGGAAGGAUCAACGACAUAGCCAAUUUCUCGUCCGAGCUGACGGCCUGCUGCACUGUGCUUAGUUCCGAGUGGCUGGGCGUGCUCAAGGCCCUGUGCUGUUCCUCCAAUCAUGUGUGGGGGUUUAACGAUGUGCUUUGCACUGUGGAUGUGAGUGACCUUUCAUUCCAUGAUUCAUUAGCUACUUUCAUUGCUAUUCUGAUAGCACGACAGUGUUUCUCCCUGGAGGACGUCGUGCAGCACGUGGCUCUGCCUUCGCUCCUAGCCGCAGCUUGUGGAGACGCAGAUGCCGAGCCCGGGGCGAGGAUGACCUGCCGCCUCCUGCUCCAUCUCUUCCACGCUCCCCAGGCCUGCUUGUUGCAUCAAGCCACGGGCAAACCCUUCCCGGGCAUUAGAUCUUCCUGCGACAGACACCUCCUGGCCGCAGCUCACAACGGCAUUGAAGUGGGGGCCGUCUUCGCUGUCCUAAAGGCCAUCAUGAUGCUGGGAGACGCCAAGAUUGGCAGCAACAACGCUUUGAAGAGCGACGACUUCCCGGUGCGGGGCUUGAGGCGGGACGGGAAUGCCGAGGAGCUGUGGGCCGCCUCGCAGGGGGCCAAGGCCUGCGGGAAGGGCGUCUCCAUCGAAACGGCCAACCUGAGGGAGUACGCCCGCUACGUGCUCAGGACCAUCUGCCAGCAGGAGUGGGUGGGCGAGCACUGCCUCCGCGAGCCCGAGCGACUGUGCACGGACAAGGAGCUGAUCCUGGACCCGGUGCUGUCCAACAUGCAAGCCCAGAAGCUGCUGCAGCUCAUCUGCUACCCGCACGGCAUCAAGGAGUGCGCGGAGGGCGACAACGUGCAGAGGCAGCACAUCAAGCGCAUCCUGCAGAAUCUGGAGCAGUGGACGCUCAGGCAGUCCUGGCUGGAGCUGCAGCUGAUGAUCAAGCAAUGUCUGAAGGAGCCUGGCUCGGGCUCCGUGGCCGAAAUGAACAACCUCCUGGACAAUAUCGCCAAGGCCACGAUCGAGGUGUUCCAGCAGUCGGCCGACCUGAAUGCUUCCGGGUCGGGCCUGGGCCUCUUCAACCCCGGCGGCCUCGGGGGCACUGACACGAGCAACACGAGACCCAACGGAAUCAAGACGUUCCUGAGUUCCUCUGAACGCAGGGGCGUGUGGCUCGUCGCCCCCCUCAUCGCCCGGCUGCCCACCUCCGUGCAGGGCCGCGUGCUGAAGGCCGCGGGGGAGGAGCUGGAGAAGGGGCAGCACCUGGGGUCCUCGUCCAAGAAGGAGCGGGACCGGCAGAAGCAGAAGAGCAUGUCCCUCCUGAGCCAGCAGCCUUUCCUCUCCUUGGUCCUGACCUGCCUCAAGGGGCAAGACGAACAGCGGGAGGGUCUCCUGACGUCUCUGCAGAACCAGGUCAACCAGAUUUUGAGUAACUGGCGAGAAGAGCGGUACCAGGACGACACCAAAGCCCGGCAGAUGAUGCACGAGGCACUGCAGCUACGCCUGAAUUUGGUGGGAGGGAUGUUCGAUACCGUCCAGAGGAGUAGCCAGUGGACCACGGACUGGGCGCUGCUGCUGCUGCAGAUCGUCACGUCUGGCACCGUGGACAUGCACACCAACAACGAGCUCUUCACCACGGUGCUGGACAUGCUGGGCGUCCUCAUCAACGGCACCCUGGCCUCCGACCUCCCCAGCGCCUCCCCCGGGGGCUCCGAGGAGAACAAGCGCGCCUACAUGAACCUCGUCAAGAAGCUCAAGAAGGAGCUGGGGGAUAAGCGCUCAGAGAGCAUCGACAAGGUGCGCCAGCUGCUGCCGCUGCCCAAGCAGACAUGUGACAUCAUCACGUGUGAGCCCAUGGGCUCCCUGAUCGACACCAAGGGGAACAAGAUUGCUGGGUUCGACUCCAUCGAUAAGAAACAGGGCCUGCAGGUGUCGUCGAAGCAGAAGGUGUCGCCGUGGGACCUUUUCGAGGGCCAGAAGAACCCCGCGCUGUCCUGGGCCUGGUUCGGCACGGUGCGCGUGGAGCGGAAGGUGGUGCGGUUCGAAGAGCAACACCACCUGCUGCUCUACCACACGCACCCGCCGCCCAAGCCCCGCAGCUACUACCUCGAGCCCCCGCCGCUGCCCCCCGAGGACGACGACGAGGACCCCGUGUCGCCCGUGUCCCAGGAGCCCGAGCGCAAGUCGGCCGAGCUCUCGGACCCGGGCCGGGCAGCCGCCGACGAGGAGAAGAAGACCAAGGGCAGGAAGCGCAAGGCCAAGUCGGGCCCCCGGGGAGACGAGUACGCGCAGAGCAGCUUGUACCGCGUGCCCCCCAGCUACACGCCCGUCUCCUCGCAGAUGGUGCCGCACCCGCCGUCGGCCCUGUGGGGCUACAACCUCAUGGGGCAGCCGUCGCAGCCCGGCUUCUUCCUGCAGAGCCCGACCCUGAACGCAGGUGGCGCCCGGCUGGACCCCGCGGGCUCCUUCGUGCCCAGCAACACCAAGCAGGCGCUGUCCAACAUGCUGCAGCGGCGCUCGGGGGCCGGGCUGCAGCCCCCCGCCCUGCACGCGCUCGCCUCGCAGCAGCAGCUGCUGCACAUGAAGCUCCUGCAGCAGCAGCGGCUCCUCCGGCAGGCGCAGGCGCGGCCCUUCCCGCAGGCCCAGCCGGGGGACCAGACUGCUCUCUUUGCCGCGCAGGCCCGGCCCUCCCCUCAGCCCCCCCAGUACCCUGGGCUGCAGCAGUCGCAGACGGUGCCCCAGGGCUAUACCAUGUACGGAACGCAGAUGCCGCUGCAGCCCACCCCGCCGCUGCCGGCCGGGAGCGUCGUCCUGUCUCCGGGCUACGGCUGCAGACCCUACCCGGCCGCACACUCGGGCCCUGCACUCCUGGAGCGGUUCCGCCACAUGCGGCAGCCCAGCGGCUACGCGCCACAGCACGCCUCGCCCUACCUGCAGCCUGUGCCCGGCUCCCAGAGACUGAACCACCAGUCCCUGCAGCAGAGCCCAUUGCUGGACGCGGGCAUGGAGCCCGGGCUGCCUGCUGCGCACCCCAGCCUGCCCCCCGGCCCCCUGCCUCAGGACCCCAUGCGGCCUCGGCAGCCACAGGUGCGACCCCAGCCGAGGCUCCUCCAGAUGCAGCAGGCCGCGCCGCUCCCCCAGGCGCCCACACAGCCCCAGAGCCAGUCACUCGGGCUCCAGUCGAUGCCCUCCCAGCAGCCUUUGUUCCCCCGGCAGGACCUGCAGCAGACGCAGCAGCAGCAGCAGACGGCAGCCCUGGUGCGCCAGCUCCAGAAACAGCUCUCGAGCAACCAGCAAGGAGUGACCCCCUACGGGCACCCAUCACACUUCUGAACCCGGAGGAACGAGGACGAGUCACGGCGCGUGUGUUUGCACUGAAAACUAGAAAAGCCACGACCAGGCAUCCGUCACCCUGCAGACUGGCCCUGUG